GCACGCACUGGGGGCAUUUUGCAAUCGUCUACGUGAGAAAUUGCGCCGACCAUGCCUUCGACGUACAUGACUUCGUGCGCAAUGAUGGACUGCAGGCGGUUUGCCAAACACCGAGGCAUGUGCCUCUCCCACUACCGAGCUUGGAUCCACCUGCAGCAGCACAACCAUCACCACCUUGAUCCACAUCCCGUCCCCACGUUGUACACGUCCAUCGCUCGAUCCGUUUCUCCAUCGAUUGCAUCGUCGUCGUCGUCAGGGUCGUCACAAAUGUCUCCCAGGUCGUACCGAGAAAGCUUGGCCAAGGUGCUGGCAGAGCGUCAUCGGCCAAAGGAACCAAGCGAUGCUGACGACCGAGGUGCGGCUCGAAUGGCGACGCUCAAGACACGAUUGAUCCUUCGUGAGCGCCUCCGUCAGCGUGAAAAGGGUCCCGUUCGGUGCUGAUGGGAGGCUGGACCAAACUACCAUAGUUUCGAGUAGAGAUAUUUAACGAGCACGGUGCCAGGGAUCGCUGGAAGAGUUGCGCUCGCGUACGAAAUCACAUGAAGAAUGUCGCAUCUCCCAUCCUCACGAGGAAAUGCGGCGAGAGGAGCCACAGUAUGCAGUAGAAGAUCUCGUGCACCUUGC